CUCAGUUUCAAUCUGAACUUGGCCGGCGACGGACGUGAAGCGCCGACUUGAGCACACAUAGAUAUACAUACGUAUAUAUGUAUAUAUAACGCAUAUUGUGCAAGUCGCACGCGACUAUAUAGCUGCCAGUGUAUUGGUUAAUUAUACGAAGCACGACAACUACAACGUGAACUACAGAUGUGUGUAUAAAUCAAUGUCCGCUCUAAACAGGCGGCUGCAGCAGUGUCAAUAACAAUAAUUAAACAAAACUCAAAAGCAAAAUACAUGAGAGGAGCAACUUUUGUUUUUGUUUUCAAUCUGUUUUUCACUUUUUGGCGCGCCUUUUGUGAGUCGCGCGCGAUAAGUCCGACAAACAAACCGAAAACCAGUCGUCAAUCAUAAAAGACAAAUUUAAUCAAUUACACGUGUCACACACAACAAAGAGCUAAUUCGAUUUUUAUCUGACCCAGUGCAUUCGGAGGAUCAAGAAUCCAAAUUUAAUCAAGCAUUUAAAACAGCAUACCUGAUACACCAUAAAAGGCAAUCAACUGUGUAAUCCAAUGUUUGAGGACGCUUUCGGCGAUAUACAGGAAAUUAUCAAUGCCAGCAUGGAGUUGAAUGGGGGCGCCACCGGCGGAGGCACGGUGGCAGGAGCUGUUGGCGGAGGCGGUGGUGCACAUCACAUAUUAUCGCAGUCGACUUCCCUGCCGGUAAUGCCGUCGCACAUUCCGCUCCACCUACAGAAUCAGAAUAUGAAUCAAAAUCUGCCCGAUCCAAGUGCUAGAAGUGGUCCCCACCUCCGUAUCGUGGAGGAGCCGACAAACAAUAUAAUCCGCUUUCGCUACAAGUGCGAGGGUCGCACUGCCGGUUCGAUUCCGGGCAUGAACUCCAGCUCGGAAACGGGCAAGACCUUUCCCACCAUCGAAGUGUGCAACUACGACGGACCCGUCAUCAUCGUGGUCUCCUGUGUGACGAGCGACGAGCCCUUCCGCCAACAUCCGCACUGGCUGGUCAGCAAGGAGGAGGCGGAUGCCUGUAAGUCGGGCAUCUACCAAAAGAAAUUGCCGCCAGAGGAGCGGCGGCUGGUGCUCCAAAAAGUGGGCAUACAGUGCGCCAAGAAGCUGGAGAUGCGCGACUCGCUGGUGGAGAGGGAGAAGAGGAACAUCGAUCCCUUCAAUGCCAAGUUUGAUCACAAGGACCAGAUCGACAAGAUCAAUCGGUAUGAGUUGCGCCUCUGCUACCAGGCCUUCAUCACAGUGGGCAACUCGAAAGUGCCCCUGGAUCCCAUAGUAUCCUCCCCGAUUUACGGCAAGAGCAGCGAACUGACCAUCACCCGGCUGUGCAGUUGCGCGGCCAGUGCGAACGGCGGGAACGAGAUCAUCAUGCUGUGCGAGAAGAUUGCCAAGGACGACAUCGAGGUGCGAUUCUAUGAGACGGACAAGGAUGGACGGGAGACGUGGUACGCCAACGCCGAGUUCCAACCCACGGACGUGUUCAAACAGAUGGCCAUAGCAUUCAAGACGCCGCGCUACAGGAACACCGAGAUCACACAAAGCGUUAAUGUGGAGCUGAAACUAGUGAGACCCUCGGAUGGAGCGACGAGUGCCCCACUGCCGUUCGAGUACUACCCGAAUCCAGGUACAGUAACCUUUGCCCGGCUACAGCGAAAGUUGAAACGCCGCCAGGAGCUGGACGUGUUCCAGCAGAUCCUUUCCCUCGACAGCGAAACGACGGCCACGAAAUACUCGUGCCCACCGAUGGAUCUGGAGGAGGAUAAUAACACGGUAUCAUCCGACGACCAACAGAGUUCGGGAACUCUCAACGAAUUCGAAAUAGCCGUCAAGAAGAUGCAAAUGCGUCAGAGGGGUGAAUCACACGAGAUGGAUGGUGGCACUGUCACCGAGUACACGGAUAACGAUAACGAACCGGACAUGGAAAUAGAGCUGGAGGUGCCGCAAUUGUUGCCCCAACUGGCCGACGACUGCACCCAGACGUCCACGCCCAUGGAGGAGAUUCUGCAGCAUCCGCAGCUGCAAUCGCGACCUCUGUCCAAUGUGGAAACAAUCACCGAGUGGAUGAAGAGCAGCGAGUUCGAGAGAACGGAUAGCCUGACCGUGGAGAACGGGGACACGCAAUCCCUGUCGAAUAGCACGGCCCAAACAGCUUUUACCAAUGUCAGCAGCUUGACUGCCAAUACGACCAUAACGAACCAGUUGGACGAGGAAGCCCACGGUCUUUUGGCCAAUGGUUCCCGCAGGGAUACCCUCGAGAAUCCCGCCGUGAAAGAGCUACCGGAAAAUGAAAGGGAACCGGAAAUGGUUUCAGCCAGUGCCCAGGCCUCUAUGGAUUUGGAUGAAAACUUCGACGAGACAGCCACAUAUACGAGCCUGCAAAUAGCCUUUAAAAAUCCCAUAGACAUAGGAUUGCCCAAAGAAAGCAAACAGGCAGCACCCAUUUAUCCACCUACCAAUCCGUUUGGGCAGCUAGAUGAUGCCGAAUUGGUGGUCCUGACAAAUCCACCAGCUCCCAGGAUCAAAGUGAACGCUGCUCAGACACCAGCCACGCCCCCAGCCUCACCGCCCCUGCCGUUGCCACCUCGAACUCCUUCCCCCGUUUCAGAUCAGAGAUUACCUCCCUUGCCACCGAAACCGCAGAGAAACUCUCAGGAUCUGAGUGCUGUCAGUGAUUCUAUUUCUGUGAGCCGCUCGAGAAACGGCAGCCUAAGCUCCACUAGAACUACACCUUCGCCCAUAAUUAUAAUGCGAACCCCUGAUCAAAGUCCCACCAAAAGGCAACCGACGCCCAGUGCUUCGCCAAAGAAGCGCCAGGGAUUCUUCUCGAGAUUCUUUUCCCGCCGAAGGAGCAAGGCGGAUGACGAGGAAUCUCUGACACCUGGUGGCAGUCCCAACAAACAGCUAACAGGGGGAUCGAAAGCCACAACACCCACCGGCAGUAGGGAACCCAGUGUUGCGCACUUUUCCCUGGGAGAUCCCAAUCGCAGCUCCACGAGAUCGAUGCAGCCACUGGGAAAGAGCGAGGGUCGAAAUGGCAAGCCAGUCGGUCGCAGUUCGAGCAGUGUAUCGGGCAAAAGACCUGCCCACCUGGAUGCGGAUGUUAUCCACAUACCGCUGAAGGGCGGCGAUAGCGAGAACAGUUUGCUGCGACCGGAGAGCUACUCUAAUGCCAGCACCCUUAGCUACGGGCGACCGCUGGACAGGAAGACCCUGAGCACUCUGCAACUGGCGGAUAUUCCCAUAAGUGACGGCAAUAUGGAAUUGAUUGCCAUCGCCGACAGGCAGAGCAUCAAGAAUCUGUGCGAGGGAGCCUACGGUGUGGUGCUGGAUCCCAGUGUGGAUCUCUCCGAGGCGGAACACUUUGCGCUGUACACCAGCAAAAGUCCGGAGCCACCAUUUGGCAGCGAGUGCGCCGAAGGUGGAGCAGCAGGUGGUGCAGCCACCGGCGGAGUGGAUACGACCGAUUUUUUGAGUGCGGAUGAAAUAGCACGGCGGCUGGCGGAGGCAAAUGGCUUGGAGUAGAUGAAUUGGGUUA